GCGUCCGGGCCCCCCCCCGUGACCCCCCCGCCCCCCCCCAGGCUGUUCAGCCUGACGCUGCAGCGCCUGGUGCUGGGCCGGGCGGGGGCCCAGGAGCUGCGGGAGCCCCCCCGCGCCGUCCUCAUCGCCGUCAAGCUGCAGGGCUCCAAGCGCAUCCUGCGCUCCAACGAGAUCGCGCUGCCGCCCGGGGGGCUGCUGGAGACCGAGCUGCACCUCACCUUCUCCCUGCAGUACCCCCACUUCCUGAAGCGCGGCGCCAACCGGCUGCAGAUCCUGCUGCAGCGCCGCAAGCGCUACAAGCACCGCACCUUCCUGGGCUACAAGACGCUGGCCGUGGGCCUCAUCGACAUGGCCGAGGUGAUGCAGCACCCGAGCGAGGGGGGGCUGGUGCUGGGGCUGCACCACGUGGUGAAGGACGUGGCGGUGCCGGUGGCCGAGGUCCGGGUGAACUCGCUCUCCAGCCAGCCCAUCGACCACGACGCCAAGGGCAAGCGCGCCGACCGCUCCCCCGACAUCGACAACUACUCGGAGGAGGAGGAGGAGAGCUUCUCCUCGGAGCAGGAGGGCAGCGACGACGCCCUGCACGGCCAGGACCUCUUCUACGAGGAAGAGGAGCUGCAGAAGGUGAAGAAGACGAGGAGGAAGCUCCCGGCCUCGGCCUCCACCCGGCAGCCCAACAUCAAGCAGAAGUUCGUGGCCCUGCUCAAGCGGUUCAAGGUGUCGGAGGAGGGUGGCUUCGGCCUGGAGCACGUGUCACGCGCCCGCAUGCGGGAGGUGGCCGAGGACCUGGACGAGCUCUACGACACCCUGGAGAUCUUCAACCCCAGUGACAGCGGCGCCGACCUCGAUGACACCGACAGUGUCCUCAGCACCCCCAAGCCCAAGCUGCGGCCGUUCUUCGAGGGCCUGUCCCAGUCCAGCUCCCAGACGGAGAUCGGCAGCCUGGGCCGCGACGGGGCCGCGGGGGCAGAGGCGGGUGCCGGGAGCAGGGGGGGCCGGAGACCCCCCGAGGACGGCGCCCAGGACCCCGAGGUGCUGGAGGCGGGGGGGGACCCCGACGCCCUGCCCGAGCCCGGGGGGGGCCCCGAGAAGCUCCGGACCCCCCCGAAGAGCAGCCGGGGGGAGCUGGCGUCACCCAGCAGGGCGGAGGGGGGGCCGGCGACGCCGCGGGCCCGGCGUGGCCCCCCCCGGCGCGAGCGGCAGCACCCACGGGCGCCCGGCGAGCGCACCCAGGGCUCCGACGGCGAGCGCUCGCCCGACCCGGCCCUCGGCACCCAGGUGCCCCGCAAGGUGGUCUACGACCAGCUCAACCAGAUCCUGGGGUCGGAGACGGCGCUGCCCGAGAGCAUCAUCCUGGUGCACACGGGCGAGUGGCAGGGCCAGUUCGUGGCGGAGCUGCUGCAGGAGCAGAAGAAGCCGCUGGUGGCCACCGCGGCCGCCGUGGAGCUCCAGGCCGUGCUCUCGGCCAUCCUCACCCGCAUCCAGCGCUACUGCAACUGCAACGCGGCGGUGCCGCGGGCGGUGAAGGUGGUGGCGGUGGGUGGCCAGGGCUACCAGAGCGCCCUGCUGCGCUGCUUCGUGCGCCUGCUGGGCACCCGCGGCCCCGAGUGGCUCGGCUACCUGCGCUUCCUGCCCGUGCCCCUCGGCGCCCACCCGGUGGCCCAGUACCUGGCGUCGGUGGACGGGCGCUACGGGGCCGCCUUCCUGGAGCCGGGCUGGCGCGAGCUCUUCGGGCGCAGCGAGGCACCCGCCGCCGAGCCCUUCAACGUGGUGGGCCGCAUCCUGGCCUACGCGGCGGGCGCCGGCGUCACCCACCCGCUGCCCGUGGCCGAGGCCAUGCUCACCUGCAGGCACCGCUUCCAAGACGAAGGCUCCUACCAGAAGUUCGUGCCCUUCGUGGGGGUGGUCAAGGUGGGCCUGGCGGAGGACCCGCCCCCGGCGGCAGGUGACGGGGACGAGACCCCGGCGCUGAGCCUGGCCGUGCCCUCGACGUCCCCCCCCGGGGGCCCCCGCGACGCCGCCGCCACCCCCCCGUCCUCGCCCUCCAUGGCCGCCGCCACCCCGGGCGGGGCGGGCGACGCGCUGGGGCUGCAGGUGGACUUCUGGGUGCCGGCGGGCGGCGGGGCGGGGGGGGCCGCCGGGGCGGGUGCCCCCCGGGAGCGGGCGCCCCGCGACGCCCCCAAGACCAGCCUGCGCGGGACCUUCCGCUCCCUCCUGGUGACCCGGCUGCCGGCGCCCGGCGAGGCGCCCGGCCCCGCCAUGGCCCUCACCGUCGUCACCCGCGAGAAGAACAAGAAGGGGCCCACCCUCUUCCUGAGCAAGCGCCCGCGCGAGCCCCAGCCCGACUCCAAGAGCCAAGUGGUCGAGGGCAUCAGCCGCCUCAUCUGCUCCCCCCGGCAGCCCCCCACCCUGCUGCGAGUGACGGUGGACGGCGUCGAGUGGGACGACGUCAAGUUCUUCCAGCUGGCGGCCCAGUGGCCCACCCACGUCAAGCACUUCCCCGUGGGGCUCUUCGGCGCCAAGCCCCCCUGAGGGCACCCAUGGGUGCCCCCACCACCCAUGGGUGCCCCCGCCACCCCCCCGCGCUCCCCCGCUGCCACUGGGUGCCCUCACUGCCCCGGGUGGUCACCUGCCCCCGUGCCAGCCGUGGGUGCCCCUGCUAAUCCCUUGAUGUCCUCAGCACCCAUGGGUGCCACCACCACCCAUGGGUGCCCCUGCUGCUCCACUCGUGCUCUGCUGCCACCCCUGGGUGCCCUCAAUGCCCCUGGGUGCCCCCCAUGGUCACUUGCCCCCGUGCCAGCCAUGGCUGCCCCUGCUACCCCCUUGAUGUAUUUGCCACCCAUGGGUGCUACCAUCACCCUUGGGUGCCACCACCACCCAUGGGUGCCCCUGCCACCCCCCCAUGCUCCCCCACCGCCCCUGGGGUCCCUCGCUGCCCGUGGGUGGUCACCUGCCCCCACACCAGCCAUGGGUGCCCCUGCUACCCCCUUGAUGUCCUCGCCACCCAUGGGUGCCCUCAGCACCCAUGGGUGCCACCACCACCUAUGGGUGCCCCUGCUGCCCCCGGGAUGCCCCUGCCACCCAUGGGUGCUUCUGCUGCCCCCCCCAGCUGCUGACACUCCCCUUGCACCCAUGGCUGUCCCCAUUGCCCAUGGGUGCCACCACCACCCAUGGGUGCCCCUGCUGCCAAUGGGGGCCGCCCCGUGGCCACCUCCCCCCCCAUGGGUGCCCCUGCUGCCCCCAGGAUGCCCACGCCACCCAUGGGUGCUGCUGCCAUGACCCCCCAGCUGCUGAACCCCCCCCAGCAACACCCUGAGGUGCCCCCGUGCCACCCAUGGGUGCCCGCAGCACCCAUGGGGACCCCCCUGCUGCCCACCCAGCUGCUGAUCCCCCCCCCAGCGCUCCAGGUUGCCAUGUCACCCAUGGGUGCCACUGCCACCUCUGGGUACCCUCAGCACCCAUGGGUGCCCCUGCUGUGCCCCCCAGCUCCUGAACCCCCCCACCCAUGGGUGCUCCUGCCACGCCGAGGUGCUCCCAUGCCACCCAUGGGUGCCCCACCACCACUCCAGCUGCACGGUGUCCCCACCACCACCCAUGGGUGCCCCCGCCACCCCAGGGUGCCCUGGCCCACUUGGGUGGGCCCCAGGGACAGCACCCACCGUCCAGCACCCAUGGGCCCCUCUCCAGCACCCAUGGGUCCCCCAGCACCCAUGGGCCCCCCAGCACCCAUGGGUCCCCCUCCAGCAGCUAUGGGCCCCUCCAGCAGCCAUGGGUCCCCCUGCAGCACCCAUGGACCCCCCCUGCAUCCAUUGACCUCCCUGCAGCACCUAUGGGUCCCCCAGCACCCAUGGGCCCCCAGCACCCAUUGGCACCCCCUUCCAGCACCCAUGGGCCUCCCUGCCGCACCCAUGGACCCCCCAGCACCCAUGGGUUCCCCCCUCCACCACCCAUGGGCCUCCCAGCACCCAUUGGCACCCCCGUCCAGCACCCAUGGGCCUCCCUGCAGCACCCAUGGACCCCCCAGCACCCAUGGGUCCCCCCCUCCACCACCCAUUGGCCUCUCCAGCACCCUUGGGCCCCCCCAGCACCCAUGGGCCCCCCAGCACCCAUUGGCACCCCCGUCCAGCACCCAUGGGCCUCCCUGCACCCAUGGCCCCCCCCAGCACCCAUGGGCCCCUCUGUACCUAUGGGCCCCCCAGGACCCAUGGGUCCCCCUGCAGCACUCAUGGACCCCCCAGCACCCAUGGGUCCCCCCCAACUGUGGGCACCCACUUCCAUCCUCGUGCCAAACCGGGAGGGGGACACGCAGCACCCCCCCCCCGGCACCCAUGGGUCCCUCGGGGUGGUCCAGCACCCAUGGGCCCCCCCAGCACCCAUGGGUGCCCCCCCGGUCGGGUCGCGGCAAUAAAUAACCGUCUCGGGGGGUCGCA